UUCCAUGUCCAAUGUUGGCUUUAUAUUGGGAAAUAUUGGCCAAUGUACACCCAAGAUAACCAAUGUUUAGCCAACGUAAAGCCAAUGCAUUUUGCUACUAGGGUUUUUGCUCUAUAAACUUCAGCUCUGUAGCUCUUUCUUCUUUGCAUUCAUUUUUGUUCUUUCUCUGUAUUAAUAUUGUAUAAUAGCUUAAAGAGAUAGAGGGUGUUACAAACCAUCUUUAUACAAUAUUUUUAAUGAUAAAUUAUUUAACGUCACCCCAUUCGCUGGAUUACAAAAGGCACCUAGUGAUAAUAUAAGCUGAACACAGUUUAAAUUUGAGUAAAUUUCUUCUCAGCCGCUGGUUAGAAAUUGCAAAUGAUGAGAAACGGAAAAGGAUAGAGCCUUGUUACUUUGUAAAGCUUUCAAAGAGUAUAUCCAAAAGCGAACUUGAACUUCUAAAUCGUUCAAACAAUAUAAGAAUUAUAGAGGAUCAAUUCAUCAAACAUGAAUUGUUUAUGUAUAUCAGCAAUUUGAGAAUUGAACCAUCGGUAGUAUUAUGUUUCACUGACGACUAUUCGCUUGAUGAAAAUACAGAAAUCAUAAAAGAUGCAUUACCAUCCGAGUGCAAGUUCAUAAUUAUAUACGUUGAUGAUUUUUUUCUUGAUAUAAUGCCAGGAAUGGAUAGGUUGAGUACAAAUAUAGUAUGUAUAUUGUUUCCAAAAAUCCCGAACGUGGCAUUAUAUUUGGAAGUGCCACACAUUAUAAGAAAAAAAAAGAAAAAAAUAUACAAGUAUGUAAAUUAUAUACUUUUUGAACCGAAACCAUCUGCGCCACAUCAGGAGACAUCUACAUGUCUUAUGUUAUUUAGUGAUAAUUUGGUCGCUAAGGCGAUAAACUUACGUUGUGGCUCAGCUAUACGAGAAAGCACCGUAAGUAAAAUCGAUUCUGUGUGGGGUGGAGUCCCGGAAUCUGUACUACAUUCGCCUCCUCAUUACGCUGUCGAAAUUACUGGUUCUAUUAAAACGUGGUCCAUCAUUUUGAAGAUUGAAUCCGAUACAACGAUGGAGGAGGUGCAGACAAAAUUACAGUCAUUUAAAGACAAAGUGAAGUUAAAGAAACAUUCCAUAGGAUUUAUAAGUAAGCCUUAUGACGUUAAUGAUGAGUCUACCACGCGUGAAAGAAUAAUUGCUGAUGCUGCAGUAACUAUGCUCAAAAGCUUAUUUUCUCAUAUAUUGUUACUUACUUACUGUUGUGGUUGGCAAUAUGGAAAAAAUACUGUUGAAGAAUUAAAUGAAGAGAAAAACGAUGAAGAUAAUGCUAAAGCUUGUGCUAAACGUAUUCAGCCUAAAUUUUGGUGUCAUGAGGACUCUGUUGUAUUUAUGAUACUUAGCUACGGUUGAUGUUUUGAGAGAAGAUAUGUGUUAGUACCGUGUGACACGAAUACAGUUUAUCACUCGUGCAUUGUUAAUUGUAGAUGUGGCGUUCAACAAUCUUUUUCUUUGAAUAUAAAAUAUGAAAGUAAUUAUGUCCCGAUAUUCACAGAACAAAAACAUAUAGAAUAAUGAAUAUCGUGGCAAUAAAUUCGCUUCGAUAAGGAUUAUGCCUUAUUGUUGAAUAUUGUUAAAUAUUGUUAAAUACAUAAUCCGCGCGUUUUGUAUCUGUCCUAAAAUGAUGUUACCUAAAAAUAAGAAAACAAGUUAUAAAGUAAAAUAUUUAACUGUAUGUCAAUUGAAAUACUU